ACUCAUCACCAUUCACCAACAAGGAGAGAGGCGCCCGAGGCCUCGCCAUAAUUCCAACCCACUGUGUUCGCCGCUGUAGCAUCACCCCACGCCACCACCUCACCCUCGUCCUCGCCGCCGGGAAGAUUUCAUCUCAUCUGCCGGGGGGCUGGGGCAACCGAAGCUUGGGAGGGGGUGUCGUUGCAGCCUUGCGGGGGCGGGCGGAUGCCGGCCCUGAUGUAGAUUUUCUCCUCCGCGUUGCCCGGUGCUGCCAGCGUCUUCCUCCCGGAGCAGCGGUUGCGGCCGGCGCACCCCCACGAUCUGCCAGUUGGAAGCCAUGCGCGCGGGCGGAGGAGGUUGCUCUGGCGGACAGUGAUCGCGUUUGGUGGCCGUGGAGGAACACGACGACGGAGGAGGAGGACGAGGACGCCAUGAAGGAGGCGGGCGACGAGAGGUGCCUUGACCCGCAGCUGUGGCACGCGUGCGCCGGCGGCAUGGUGCAGAUGCCCCCCGCGCGCUCCCGCGUCUACUACUUCCCGCAGGGCCACGCGGAGCACGCGCACGGCGGCGGCGCCGCGGAGCUCGCAGCCGCGGCGGGGCCGCGCGGGCUCCCGCCACUCGUGCUCUGCUGCGUCGCCGGGGUGCGCUUCCUGGCCGAUCCAGAGACGGACGAGGUGUUCGCCAAGAUCCGCCUCGUGCCCGUCGCGCCCUCCGGCGAGGCGGACCUCCGGGACCCCGACGAGCUCGGCGGCGACCCCGCGGACGCGCGGGAGAAGCUGUCCUCCUUCGCCAAGACGCUCACGCAGUCUGACGCCAACAACGGCGGCGGCUUCUCGGUGCCGCGAUACUGCGCCGAGACCAUCUUCCCCAAGCUCGACUACCGGGCCGACCCGCCGGUGCAGACGGUGCUCGCCAAGGACGUGCACGGGGAGGUCUGGAAGUUCCGACACAUUUACCGGGGCACGCCGCGCCGGCAUUUGCUCACCACGGGCUGGAGCACCUUCGUCAACCAGAAGAAGCUCGUCGCGGGGGACUCCAUCGUCUUCCUGCGCACCGAGCACGGCGAGCUCUGCGUCGGGAUACGCCGUGCCAAGCGGGUGUCCUGCGGUGGCAUGGAGUGCAUGUCCGGCUGGAACGCCCCCGGGUACGGGGCCUUCUCGGCGUUCUUGAAGGAUGAGGAGAGUAAGAUGAUGAAGGGGCCUGGGGGGUACAUGAGAGGCAUGGGGAAGGUGAAGAUCGCAGAUGUCGUCGAGGCCGCAAGCCUAGCGUCGAGGGGACAACCAUUUGAGGUGGUGUACUACCCGAGGGCUAGCACACCUGAGUUUGUUGUGAAGGCUGCAUCGGUGCAGAACGCGAUGAGGAAUCAUUGGUGCCCAGGGAUGAGGUUCAAGAUGGCAUUUGAGACAGAGGAUUCGUCAAGGAUCAGCUGGUUUAUGGGGACGAUAGCUUCUGUUCAGGUUGCUGAUCCAAUUCGAUGGUCGAAUUCGCCGUGGAGGCUUCUUCAGGUGACAUGGGAUGAACCAGAUUUGCUGCAAAAUGUGAAAUGUGUCAACCCAUGGCUGGUGGAGCUUGUAUCAAGCAUUCCGCCCAUUCACCUGGGACCAUUUUCUCCACCUAGAAAGAAGUUGCGGAUGCCCCAACAUCCUGACUUUCCGUUUGACGGUCAGCUGUUGAAUCCAGUUUUCCACGGCAACCCACUUGGUCCAAGCAACAGCCCCAUUUGCUGUUUCCCGGACAACGCUCCUGCAGGCAUACAGGGAGCCAGGCAUGCUCAAUUCGGUUUACCCCUAACAGACCACCAGCUUAACAAGCUGCACCUCGGUCUGUUCCAAGGCAGCGGUUUUAACCGACUUGAUGCUAUCACUCCGCAAUCGCGCAUAUCCAAGGGUUUUGUGAUCACCAGUGCUCCAGUCAAAGAGAGUGUCUCUUGCUUGUUGACAAUUGGCACACCACAGGGCACAGAGAAAUCUGAUGACAGAAAGAAACCCCAUAUAAUGCUGUUUGGAAAGCCUAUCCUUACCGAGCAGCAGAUGAAUUCUGGUGGAUCAAGGGAAACAUUCUCCCCUGAGGUUACUGGAAACGGUUCAUCUGAUGGCAAUGCACAGAAGACAGGAAAUGUAUCUGACGGUUCCGGUUCAUCUAUUUGCAUUGGUUUCUCAUCUCAAGGUCGUGAGGCUUCAGAGCUUGGGUUAGAAGCUGGGCAUUGCAAGGUAUUUAUGGAAUCAGAGGAUGUUGGUCGGACCAUAGAUUUGUCUGUCUUUGGAUCAUAUGAAGAGCUGUAUGGUCAGUUAGCUGACAUGUUCGGAAUCGAGAAAGCAGAAAUAAUGAGCCACCUCCAUUACCGCGACGCCGCUGGUGCUGUCAAGCAUACUGGUGAAGAACCAUUCAGUGACUUCAUGAAAGUAGCACGGAGGCUGACCAUAACAGAGCGCGGCGAGGGGAGGCUGCAGAAACCUCUCAUCGAAUAUAUGGUCGAGCGGGCUUGAUUGCAUCUACCUUUCAACAAAACAAUCUGAAGCUUGUGGAAAGGCUAAGCUUAGAAUGGAAGAAGUGUUGCAUUUUGGUUUGUGUUUGUCUGCUGUGAAGCGGGAUGUUUGUUGGGUCUUGUUGAAACUCUCAGUGUAAGGGCUUUCUUCUGUCAAGACUCGGUCGUCGUUAGAACUACUCUGUUGUGAUCGGUUGUUGGUGUGCUCGAGUCGAAGUUGAUAAAUAACCUCUUUGAUGGAUUAGCUUGGAAUAAAGUUUGAGUUGUGUCAAGGGCGGGCUAGUGCCAUGGUCAGUUGUCGAUCUAGUUACGAUGCCUGUAUUUGUCGCUAGCAAUUUGACUCGUUUCCAUGCUA